AUGCAAUUCACGCUUAGCUUUUUCGUUGCUGCUCUCGCUGCAUUUGCCGCUGCUUCGCCCAUCGAGCAAAACACUAAAGUGAAAAGUGCUGUAGAGGAAAAGUGCUUCGCAGGUUGUGGCUCUUCUCAAGGAUUAGCCCCAGUCGGUCAAGCUACCUGGGGAGGUGGCUACGUAUUUGGAAAGCAACAGUAUACCAGCUUUACACAAGUCACCCAAAGCUUUCAAAGCUUUGGUACAAUUUGUGCUAACACAUUCUCUCAAUGGGGAUCAGGUGGAAUUCAAUUCCAACAAAUAUCCUAUGAGAUUCAUACCAUGGUUAUUCAAUUUCAAGCUAUGGUCACUCAAUUUUCCAAUGCUGGUGGCUGUAAUGUCUGCCAAACAUCAAAUGCCGACCAAUUCACAUCAGCCAUCACACCAGUCUUCCAACAAUUCCAAACCAUGAUCACAAUCAUCACCCAGAGCUACAGUAGCUAUAUCCCCCAAUGUCAACCGGACUUCAACAUCCUCUACUCCUGUCUCCGGAUUGUUACAGGAAUUCUUGUGUCUCUGCACAUCGAUGUUUCUAGCUUGUUAGCCAGCAUUGGUAUUGAUCUCAACCUGUUUUCAGCUGUUGGUAUCAACAUUCAUGUUCUUUUGAGUCUAGAUGUCACAGCUCUCUUCAGUGCUCAUGGUCUUGUUGGUGCUGGUGGUUUACUCUAA